AAGAUUAGUGUGCAAGAUUGUGGAGAGGAAACAAAGUGCGAGAGAGGUGUCUUUUAAGGUCCACCAGGCACCCCAUGGAGCGAGGCUUUCUUUUUUUGUUUGUUGGGUGCGUUUUUUCUCUUCUUUGCGUGGCAUUCACAAAAAGUUACGUUUGACGGCAUGAAAUGUGUUUGUUCGUUUCACAGUUUGCCUUGAAUGAUGGAGUCUGGUAUGGAGUCAGAAAACGUAUUUGACAUCAAAAUAACUAUCACUCGUGCAACUAACAUGCAUGGAAAAAAGGUUGGAAAUAUCCAAAGUUUUCUUCGGAUGGAGAUCAAUGGUACGAUGUUGGCAGAGUCUGAAAAGCGUACAGUUGAUCCUGCAGCCCAAUACAUUGAGUAUGACUUCACCCACAGUUUUCCCUGUUGCAAUGCAGUUCUGGCUCUCAGUGACAUACCUCAUAAACCAGUCAUAGUGACGUUGAUAGAGGUUGUUCCUGAGAAGAAAAAAGUGGAGGCAAAGUCAAUAGUCCUGGCCCAGGCAGUGAUUGACCUGCUGCCUUUGCUGCAAGGUCAGUGCAGCUUCUCAUGCACAGUGGCACUGCAUGCAACGAAUGCUGCCCCAGAGAAGGGAUCCGUCCCACCCCUCAUUGCCAAGCACCCCAUUUUGGACGUAUGUGUCAGUGCGUCAGCUCCAUUACUGACUGAAGAGCAACUUGCAACCUCCAACCUGAUGAAGGUGUCUUUGGAGACAGCCUAUUCGCUCCCUGACACAUUUAAUCAAGGUUUUGGGCCAACCGCCCCUCCGUAUAUAUGCACUGCUAUGAUGGAGGUCCCAUAUACCGCAGAGAAAGACCAGCUCUUGUUGUUUAGCGAAGGACAGCUAAAGGCCGGGGGCCACAGAGAAGACAAUGGCCGACAGAGGAAGAGACCUCAUCAUGCCCCGCUCGCUCCAGGGAACCACUUCUUGCCAGGGGCUUUUUUCCACACCCAACCCAUUGAUCAAGAAGAUGGCGAGCUUACUGGUUUAGAGGACCGUGAGUUCCGUAAUGAAGCAGAGACCUUACUGAACAGAGUGAGCUGGGACACAGAAAUGCCCUGUUUUCUGGAUGCAGAAGGAGUUAACAGGCUGCGUCAGAAAAUCACAGAGAGCAGAUUCUGGCCACUUGAGAUCAUGAAGUCAACUAUUGCCAAUGAAAAGUCGGGAGCAGCUUCCAAGCAAGCUGAGGAGGACCCACAUAUCCCCUGCCAUGGUGUGGCCUUUAUUGAUAUGGGCCGCUUAUUGUAUCCAGGAGUUACCCAUAUCCGAGGAGCAUACAGUAUUCAACCUUACUCGAGCACUUUAUUACUUAACAAGACCAGGCGAAAUGUCAGUUUGUUGAAAGAGCAGUUAAAGCCUGGAGGCAACAAAGAACGUUCUGGUACAGCUACAGCUACAAGCUCUGUAAAGACAAAUACGGGAAAGGCCAAGGACACCAAGGCACAUGUUAAGGCGACUGGCAAUCAGAGUGGAGUGGCAAGCGUGACUGAUUUGAAUGGAGCUGAUCACAUCCCUCCAGACAGGAAAGCGUACAUAGACUUCAGGACAUAUGUUAUGAUUGAAAUUACACUGACGAAUGCACUAAUCCCCAAAACAUCUUCCGAAGAGUUGGCAAGAAGAGUGAGAGCACUGAUCCCUCCGAGACCUCCAUCUUCUGGAGGACCUAACAAAGCUGAACGAGCAGUGCUGAAUUUUCACAAGCAGGUGGGCAAUGUGGUAAAACAUAUUUUGGAGCAGUAUGAGGAGUUGUUUGGAACACGACUCAAACUGCCCAAUGAUUGCAAUCGAGAGCAAAUGAUGGCUCAGCUCAUGGGAGCUCUUAAUGUGUCCGGGAGAUAUUUUGCCUUCAAAGAGCAAAUAAAGCCCACUGUGGUGAGGUUUGUGCGUGACAAGAUGCAGCAGACAGACACAUUUACUGAGCAACAGGAUCUGCAUGAAUUCAUCAGCAAGCUCUACGUGGACCUGGUGGAUGAGAUGCAUGUUGCUCUCAACAAAAUUUAUUCAAAUGGAAAUGAGGAUGACUCUCCUGAGGAGAUCCAUUUGAAUACCUCUCAUCUGAGUCACUUUGCCCGAGAGGCUCAGCUCAUUGGGGAUUAUCAACAAGCUGUUCGCUACUACCAAGAGCUCGUUGUCAGGCAUCCCCGUGAUCCCUCUUACAAGUUUGAGUGGGGAAACCUCUACAUGCAGACCGGGGAUUACAUGAAGGCGAAAAUGUGUUUCCAUGAUGCUGUUGCCGUCCAGCAGUCCCACCAGCCCAGUCUGAUGAUGUGUGGUGUGCUGGCAGCCUUGUUUAAUGAUUUUGAGCAGGCUGAGACUUUCUUGGAACGAGCAACCAGCAUAGAGCCUCUAAGUUUGAUAGCCUGGACUUUGCUGGGUUUGGUCCAGGACACCCAGAAUAAAUCCAUCCUCGCUGAGAGGGCUUUCCUAGAGGCCAAAAGCCUCCUGAAAGCAAAAGAAGCAAGCAAUCAGACACAAAAGACGGAAGAGUCAGAUGUAGAUGAGGAAAGUGAAAAGCAGAAGGGCCAGGAAGAAGACAAGACCAUUCCACCGACAAGCCACUCUCCUAAUAUGAAGCAUAGUGACACUGAGAAUGGUGAUACCGUACAUAGUGAGCCGAAAGAAAAAGUCAUCUCCAAAUCCAUUUACACCGAGACCCUUGAGUUUCUGUUGCACAACCAUGCCCUGGAGAUGGCAGAGCGCGCUCUUUCCAAGGAACUGUCUUCAAAGGGCAAUCACAGUUUUCAUCUGGCUUGUGUCCAGUUGCUCAGAGCUGAGUAUUGCAAUGCCAUUGUCACCCUCAGAGAGGCGCUGCUUGGGGUAGAGCAGGUUGCAGAUAUGUGGGCUCUGGAUGGUCACUGUCACUACUUAUGUGGUUCAUUUGCCGAGGCCCAGGGGAGUUAUGAACGGAGCCUAGACUUCCCAGAGCAGCCAUUAGACAACCACCUUGUGCUUCUCCGCCUGGGAUCCAUCUAUCUACAGGAGAGAAAGUUUGAGCAAGCAAAAAUGACUUACCUGCGAGCCUGUGAGAAAUCUCCCUCCUGCCUCACCUGGUUGGGCCUGGGUAUCUCCUGCUACCGGCUGGAUGAACUUUGGAUAGCUGAAGAGGCUUUGACAGAGGCCAACCAUUUGAACAACCAGAACGCUGAGGUGUGGGCCUACUUGGCGCUGAUUUGCCUCAGGUUUGACAGACAAGAGGAAGCGACACUGUUCUACAAAUACGCUAUCAGGUUCAACUUGGAGAACACGUCACUUCACAAGGAGGUGAAAGAGCUGCAGGAUCAGGCCCAAACUCGUCCUCUGGCGUCAUGCUUUGAACCAGACUCUUAACACAGAGGUUUCAAUCUUGAGAGCAAACACAAAAAUAAAACCCAGUGUCCAUGAUAUGGUACAGGUAGUUACAUUUUUUUCGACUACAGUGAACUGUUGUAAAACUAUGUACUGUUUAUCUAAGUGGAAUGAUCAGAUUUCUGUUGUUAAAAUAGACUCUUGUUACUCAAAGAUGUCCUUAGCAUCUGAGAUGGUGAAAAAAAAUGGAUGGAAAGCAGAAGAAAUGUGACCCCUUAAUUUUUAAUCACCAGCACCAUAAAACAGAGAUUCUCCCUUACAUACAACAGGCGAUCCCUGACUGUUUUCUCAGAUCUUCUUAAAUGGUGGAAGGCUUAAACGAUUUGGCAUUGAUUGAAGGGUGACAGUUCAUAAAUCUGCAGUAGUUGAAGGUCUUAUUUCACUGUAACCGAAUAACAUUCUCUGCAGUGUUAUUCUAGUGGGUCCCAUUUACUGGUGACACUCUUCUCAUGGAACUCACAUAAAGAGGAAUAGUUGAACUGUUAUCCAUGAGAACAAACAUUUUGCACACAAAGCUCAGUGAUGUAUGUCAUUACAGUGUGUUGUGAAGAUGAUUGAAUAAGAUAAGCAAAUGGUAAUUAGUUGAGAGCUGACAAAAAUAUUUUCAAUGAUAGAAAUUCUAAAUAAUGAUAGAAUGGUUGUGUCAAGGCUUGCAGUUAUAUUGGAGAGCAUCACUGUGGGAGUUCACACACAAUUUUAUAAAGUGCUAUGGAACUCAUAUUGCUGCAAAACAACCCAGGUUGAAGCCAAACCUUAACUCCGAUGAAUGUUCAAUAAGUGACCGACAUCAAAAUAAAACUGUUUAAUCUCAUAUAACAAACACAACAACAUACAUGCUAUGAUUUGUAUGUUUAUAAACCAAUGGAAAUACAGGCAGUCUUUAAAAGUAUGCAACACACACAAAAAAAGGACAUGAGACUAAACUUGUUCAGAAGUCCCAACGUGACAUUCAAAUUUUAAAACAAAAUAAGACUUAAAAUAUAUGGACACAUUUUGGCACAUGGAAAUAACAUUUUUCACUCUUAUAAUUCCUGUGGUGUGUGGCAAGUUCAGUCCGACUAAGUAUGUCAGAGGAUAUGCUAUUCUUGCAAAAUAAAAUGCAGCAGCUUUUGAGGAACAAAGCCCAUUUACCACAUGCUACUGGUCUUAAGGAUUUGAGAGAGUCUUGUGUCUUUUGUGUUUGGAGGUAGGGGUGGGGAUCACUGCCUGACCUGUGCAAAGACCUCUCGCAGCCACGCUGAAUCCUCAUACAGGCGAGGGUCACCCAAACACUCCGAGGUCCUCUUGUAGAAGUAGUAGUACAACACAGAUGCUGUGAAGACAUUUGAAAACAUAACAAUC